AUAGCCACCAUUUAACUGACAAUACCAGCUCAGACUUUCAGACGCAGUGGCAUUUCCGUUAUUUACCCACGCGCUGUGUCGUUUAUUCAACCUGCAUGCGUUCCACACAAUCAAUCCCCUUCCCCUGCACCCUAUUCACUUCUCCUUCAUCACACUCGCAACAACACAUACAUCUACGGAAAACUCUUCAACCCAGCUUAAACCUUCUUCACCGUUUCCCUCUUCGCUCUUGACAGAAACCGCCGUCGCUCGCCGCCAAUCAUCACGAGGAUUGCGGUUGCUUAGUUUUUUGUUUGCUUUUUUUCCUUCAUUCCAUGCGUUUUCCGUGUUCUGCCGCCGCCGUAAGCUGCCUCGCGUGAGGGAUGGGUUGCGUGCUCGGGACGCCGGCGCGUGCCGGAGUUCAGCGCCGUCGCCGGAGGGAGCAGCGGGAAGUUGCUACCGGAGAAGUUAAUAAUGCCGUUAGGGUUCGAGAUAAGGAAAGGCACCUGCAUACCGGCGAUUUUCCGGGGACUCUUCCGGCGCUGGAGCGCCGGAAACCUAUACUCGACCCGUGCGCUGUCACGCAGCAGGGAUGGCCGUCGUGGUUGAUGGCCGUCGCCGGCGAAGCAAUCGGCGAUUGGACUCCUCGUCGAGCCAACACUUUCGAGAAGCUUGCUAAGAUUGGACAAGGGACCUAUAGUAACGUGUAUAAGGCUAGGGACCUUGUUACGGGGAAGAUUGUGGCAUUGAAGAAAGUGAGAUUUGAUAAUUUGGAGCCGGAGAGUGUGAAGUUCAUGGCAAGAGAGAUACUUGUUUUGAGGAGGCUUGAUCACCCCAAUGUGGUGAAGCUUGAGGGUUUGGUUACUUCUAGAAUGUCGUGCAGUUUAUAUUUAGUGUUUGAGUAUAUGGAGCAUGAUCUCGCAGGGCUUGCGGCUGGACAAGGGGUCAAGUUCACUGAACCUCAGGUUAAAUGCUUUAUGAAGCAAUUACUCUCUGGUCUUGAGCAUUGCCACAGUCGAGGCGUGUUGCACCGUGAUAUCAAGGGUUCCAACCUGCUUAUAGACAAUGAAGGAAUCCUUAGAAUUGCAGAUUUUGGACUGGCAACUUUUUUUGAUCCCAAGAUAAAACAGGCAAUGACAAGUAGAGUGGUGACCCUUUGGUAUCGUCCUCCCGAGCUUCUUCUUGGAGCUACAUUAUAUGGUGUGGGUAUUGACCUUUGGAGUGCUGGCUGCAUCUUGGCAGAGCUGCUUUCUGGAAAGCCAAUAAUGCCUGGCCGAACAGAGGUUGAACAGCUCCACAAAAUAUUUAAGUUGUGAGGCUCUCCGUCCGAGGAAUAUUGGAGGAAGUAUAAAUUGCCAAAUGCUACAAUCUUUAAGCCUCAGCAGCCAUAUAAAAGUUGCAUCUCAGAAACAUUCAAAGACUUUCGUCCAUCUUCUCUACCUCUAAUUGAAACUCUUCUUGCAAUAGAUCCUGAUGACCGUGGAACUGCCUCAGGAGCACUGAAUAGUGAAUUCUUUACCACAGAGCCCUAUGCUUGUGAACCAUCGAGUUUGCCAAAGUAUCCUCCCAGCAAAGAAUUGGAUGUAAAGCUGAGAGAUGAAGAAGCAAGAAGGCAAAAGGCUCUAAGUGGAAAAGCUAGUACAGUUGAUGGUGUCAAAAGAGGCAGAGCACGCGAGCGUGGUCGGGCCGUUCCUGCCCCUGAAGCAAAUGCAGAGAUCCAAACAAACUUAGAUAGGUGGAGAGUUGUAACGCAUGCAAAUGCAAAAAGCAAGAGUGAGAAAUUUCCCCCUCCUCAUCAAGAUGGAGCAGUUGGAUAUCUACAGGAUGCAUCAAAUAAAGGGCCAGUUUCGCUUGGCCCCGACACCUCGUUUUCCUCAGGGAUAUUUAAUUCAAAACCUUCUGGACCCGUUAGAAGUCAUGCUGGUGCAGGACAUCACAGAGGCAGGAAAGCCAAAAAAGAAGAGUCCCAGAUGGCGUCAUCAUGGAAAUUCAUUCGUCCAUUCAAGCCAUCAACAGUUGGACUUUCUAUGGAUUUGUUAUUUAGGAGCAAAUAAUGAGUUCCUUUUGAUUUUGGCAUCCUGGAGUGAGGAUAGCAAUGAUUUAGGCCACCAUACAUUUUUUUUGCUUAUCGCUAUGGUUUUCAAUUGUUUUUUCGCGUCGCUCCUAUUUUUUCUUUUUGUAUUUCAUCUGGCAUAAAGUUGUUGUAUAAUCAACAUUACAACGGGGAUCCCUACAUUUGUAUAUUUAGAGGAUUAAAUUC